AUGUCUGCUAACAAGAUGAUGCAAUACACCACGAAAAGCGGCAAAGUGAGAGUUCGCACGAUUCCGAACAGUAAUGAGAAGAGUGAUUUGUACAACGUUCUCAAAAAUGCCGUCAACGUGUACACCCCCAUUGUCAAAGGACUCCUCCAACCCCAACUUGUCGCUGAACGUCCAGCUGGUGAUCUCGAGAGAAUGUUGGCCUUCCGAAAACAGCAGAAGACCAGAUUCAACGAUGAAAGCGAUAAGACCCGAGGAGUCAUGGUCAAGGAAGAUAUUGGAAAGGGCGAGUGGAUACUGGAGAUUACGGGUGAAAUCUAUCUGGAGUCCCAAGUCAAGGAUAGAUCGAUAAUGGAGGGAGAAAACUCCCAUUACCUCUACAAAGACAUCAGAUUGGGAGCAGGAAACGAGCCGAUCUGCAUGGCAGUGUGGAAACAGGAGACCGUCGGAAGAUACAUCCGACGGUCCUGCCAGCCGUCCUCCUAG